AAUCUUGCUGCCUUGUACUCCAACCAGUGCCUCCAACUGAGUCUGAACCUUCCGACCCAAUUCUGCACACACCCAGGAAGUUCUGCCUUUUUCUCUUCGGUGUCUCCAGUACUCCCCAAAAUUUCCCCUCCUCCUGUGCCCUCUUCACCCCCUUCCUUUGGGGGCCCCGUGACCCUGAAUGUGGGGGGCACGUUAUAUUCCACCACGUUGGAGACCCUGACUCGCUUCCCAGACUCCAUGCUGGGGGCCAUGUUUAGGGCUGACACCCCUAUUCCCCCCAACCUCAGCUCCCAGGGAGGUGGCCACUACUACUUCAUCGACCGAGAUGGCAAGGCCUUCCGGCACAUUCUCAAUUUCCUGCGGCUGGGCCGCCUGGACCUGCCCCUGGGAUAUGGGGAGACAGCGCUUCUCAAGGCAGAGGCCGACUUCUACCAGAUCCAGCCCCUCCUAGAUGCCCUGCGGGAGCUGGAGGCCUCUCAGGGGACCCCUGCACCCACAGCUGCCCUGCUCCACGCAGAUGUAGAUGCCAGCCCCCGCGUGGUGCACUUCUCUGCUCGCCAGGGCCCACACCACUAUGAGCUGAGCUCUGCCCAGGUGGACACCUUCCGAGCCAACCUCUUCUGCACCGACCAAGAGUGUCUGGGGGCCUUGAGGGCCCGAUUUGGUGUGGCCAAUGAGGAGAGAGCAGAGGGGGGACCACACUUUCGUCUGGAGUGGGCCCCCCGCCCCACAGAACUUCCGGAAGCGGAGUACAGGAAACUGGGGCUGCAGCCACUGUGGACUGGGCAGCCAGGAGAGCGACGGGAAGUGGUGGGCACACCGGGCUUCCUGGAGGAGGUGCUUCGGGUGGCUCUGGAGCACGGCUUCCGUCUAGACUCCGUUUUCCCUGACCCUGAAGACCUGCUCAACUCCAGAUCUCUGCGCUUUGUUCGACACUAAGAACUAAGAACUGGGAAUACUGCCCUUGGUU